AGCGGGGCGGCGCGGAGGCCAUCUUGGCGCGGGACACACGCUCCUCUGGUCUUCCUCGUCCACCUUAAGCCGGAUCCCCUCGCGGGACCCCCGACCAGGGCCCCGACCCCGAUUUGCGUGUGCAGCUUCCGCGCAGGCGCUGACUUGGAGCAGUGCACCGUACUUGAGGGAAAAUGAUGGAAGAAAGCGGAAUCGAGACGACUCCCCCUGGGACCCCUCCCCCGCAUUCUGCAGGCUUGGCCGCCGUGCCCUCCACCGAGGCUCACUUAGCUGUAACCAGUUCCUUCUCCUCUCCUAGCACGUCUGGGAUGGAGACUGUGCCGCCACACUCGUAUUCCACACCUCAGCCCUCCCUGCCCCCUGUGCAGCCAUCAGCGCCACCUCCUUUUGUGCCGUUGUCUCCAGCUCCUUCCACUGCCCUGAGUGGCACUUCUGUGCCACCCUCCGUGUCUCCAUCGCCUGCCACUGCCUUCAGCGGCCCUCCACUGUCCCACUUCCCACCUGCGACCUCCGCCUCGGGGGCUCUUCUGUCUGCACCGCCUUCAGGGCCUCCGAUAUCCGGAUUUUCAGUCGGUACAACAUAUGACAUCACCAGGGGACAUGCCGGGAGAGCUCCCCAGACACCUUUGAUGCCAUCAUUUUCUGCACCUCCAGUUACAGGUAUUUUGCCAGCCCCCAUUACUCAGCAAGCCAGUAUGACAUCGCUGGCACAGGGACCUGGAACCACAUCAGCCAUUACUUUCCCAGAGGAGCAAGAAGAUCCUAGAAUUAACAGAGGCCAGGAUGACGCACCUGCUGGAGGGAUCUGGGGUUUUAUUAAGGGCGUGGCUGGGAAUCCUAUGGUGAAAUCUGUCCUGGAUAAGACCAAGCAUUCUGUAGAAAGCAUGAUCACGACGCUGGAUCCCGGCAUGGCUCCGUAUAUCAAAUCUGGAGGCGAACUGGAUAUUGUUGUGACCUCAAAUAAAGAAGUGAAAGUGGCUGCUGUCCGAGAUGCCUUCCAGGAGGUCUUCGGCCUAGCUGUGGUUGUUGGGGAGGCUGGGCAGUCCAACAUCGCCCCACAGCCCGUAGGGUAUGCAGCUGGACUAAAGGGGGCCCAGGAACGCAUCGACAGCCUGCGGAGGUCUGGAACGAUCCACGAAAAGCAGACCGCGGUGUCGGUGGAAAACUUCAUUGCUGAGCUGCUGCCUGACAAGUGGUUUGACAUCGGCUGCUUGGUGGUUGAAGACCCCGUGCAUGGCAUCCACCUGGAAGCCUUUACCCAAGCCACACCGGUGCCUCUGGAGUUUGUGCAGCAGGCACAAAGCCUGACUCCCCAGGACUACAACCUGAGGUGGUCAGGCCUUCUGGUAACUGUGGGUGAAGUCCUGGAAAAGAGCUUGCUAAACGUCAGCCGGACUGAUUGGCACCUGGCUUUCACUGGCAUGUCUCGCCGCCAGAUGAUCUACAGUGCAGCCAAGGCUGUGGCGGGCAUGUAUAAGCAGCGCCUGCCACCCAGGCCCCUGUGAGACCAGCUGCUGGGACACGGAGACCUGCCAUUGUCACCCUGGGCUCCGUGUCAGAGGAAACUGAAUAGCUUCCGUGAAUCCAACAGUUUUUACAUUUGUCCUGUAGGCUGCAGUCCUUAAAAAAAAAUUUUUUUUUAAAUAAAGGUACAAUGUCAUUCCAGUAAAACAAAAGAAAUAGAUCCUCUUUUUACUGUCAUAAUUUUAUAUAUCCUGGUUCUCAAAAAACAUACACAAUUAUAUUUACAGCACAAUUCAGUAUACCAAAUUUGUAAAGUGGAGAUGUAAGUUCACGUAUUUGAUGAUUUGUUCUUGACUCUUCUGGUUUCUUAAUAUGUGAUGGGGUCUGUGUGUGUUCAGUGUCCCGUGAAGGCUGUCUCCUGUCACCUGUGUCUGCACACACCUCAGCCAUGCUCAGCAGCGGACUUCACAUGCUUCCUGAGGUGGGGGUGCGGCUUGACGUGUUUUACAGAAUUUGGGCCAAAUUAACAGAAUGGGUAUUUUUUUGUCAUCAUAUACCUGUAUAGUUUGGAAGUUAUACUUGUUUCUCUUUUGUUUUAAAGUUUGCUAUUUUACAGAUUUAUAUUAUGAGCAUCAGAAAAUAAUGUUUUAUUUUUUCAUUACUAUCUAAAAACUAAAGGGCAGAUCAAGUAUACCUUAGCAAUGUAUUCGUGUUUUAAAUUUUUUAUUUUGUUUAUUUUGUAUGUUGGUAUUUGCUUGCCUGUGCGGCUGUGUACCACGUGUGUGCAGUGCCCAAGGAGGCCAGGAGCUCUUGCCCAAGGAGAGCUCUGCACUGGGGUCACAGAGGGCUGUGAGCUGCCCUGCGGGUGCUGGGAGGAGCUUGACUGCUCUAGAGCUGUCCGCGUUCUCACCCACUGACCGUCUCUCCAGCACUCUCUCCCCCAUGUUACUUACAUAUAAUGGCCUUAGCACUUCCACAGGUCAGCCCUCACAACAGCUGUUCUGCAUCCAUUCGCCCUCCAAACUGGAAGAGGGACCCCCUCUUUGGGGAUGGUAUGCAUUUUCUUCAAUUAAAGUUACUUCUUUUUGAUUA